UCACCGGUAGCCUAUCUGUGAUUGGUCCGUUCGGGCUGUGAGGCUAAGUGGGGCAAAGGUCGAGGCGGUAACCCUUGGCCAGCACCGUGGGGAAAGCGGCUGUCACUGCUCGGUACGCCGGACCCGCUCUCUGCUCUCAACAUGUCCGACAAGCCGCAGGUCGUCAGCCCAUUGAAGAACUUCUUCGCGGGGGGGUUCGGAGGAGUCUGCCUGGUGAUUGCAGGUCACCCGCUGGACACUAUCAAGGUUCGAAUACAGACCCAAACGAAACCGGCUCCGGGGGUACUUCCGUUAUAUUCUGGAACCUUUGACUGCUUUAAAAAAACACUAGUAAAUGAGGGCGUCAAAGGCCUCUACAGGGGAAUGGCGGCCCCCAUAGUCGGAGUGACUCCCAUGUUCGCAGUUUGCUUUUUCGGCUUUGGCCUCGGCAAAAAGCUCCAGCAAAAACAUCCAGAGGAAGUGCUAACGUAUCCCCAGCUGUUUGCCGCAGGGAUGUUGUCUGGAGUUUUUACAACCGCAAUCAUGGCGCCUGGUGAACGGAUUAAGUGCCUAUUACAGAUCCAGGCCGCCUCUGGAGAAGUGAAAUACGCUGGCCCCAUGGACUGCGCCAAAACUCUGUACCGAGAAGCCGGAAUUAGAGGAAUAUACAAAGGCACAGUGCUGACACUUAUGAGAGACGUCCCCGCCAGCGGAAUGUAUUUUAUGACCUACGAAUGGCUGAAAAAUAUCCUUACACCAGAGGGUCACAGUGUAAGCGAGAUGAGUGUUCCUAAAAUUCUCUUUGCUGGAGGAAUGGCUGGAAUCUUUAACUGGGCUGUUGCAAUUCCCCCAGACGUGCUAAAAUCCCGUUUCCAGACAGCUCCCGCAGGAAAAUAUCCGAAUGGGUUCCGUGAUGUUUUACGAGAGUUGAUCAGAGAGGAAGGAAUCGGAUCUCUGUAUAAAGGAUUUACAGCGGUCAUGCUUAGGGCUUUCCCUGCUAAUGCUGCAUGUUUCCUUGGAUUUGAAGUUGCCAUGAAAUUCUUAAACUGGAUGGCUCCGAACUUGUGAAAACACCAAAAUUAGGGGGGGAAAAAGCUGGGUUCUGUGCCCACCCAGCGAUCCUCUUUAUUGAAGAAACCAGCUGCCUUACUAGUGACCUGCGCCAGUCGGCCGCAUGUUCUACCUGAGCGACUCCAGAACUAUACACAUUCAUAAACUUGGAAAAAUGACUGUUUUGUAAUAUUCAGCGUGAAUGAAAUGAGCGGCUUGGUUUUUUUUUUUUUUUUUAUAGACUGCAAUGAAUUAGACCUCAAUUUACCAAGGCAUUUAUUUUUAUCUUGCGGAUCAGUAAGGCAAUGAUCCGGUGCUGACCUCCUGUCUUAACCACUUCUCGUAAUAAAACAACAGGGAUCGUAA